AUGGCGUUAAACGGCACACGGUGGUAUCAUCAAACCCGCGAUAAUAAUACGGUGCCAACGGAAACAAUCCAUCCCAUCUCCACCGAGUUCACUGGAGAAGAAGGGGAGAAGAGAACCUUCGAAGAGUUCGGGGAGCCGAGAUCGUUCAGUCUCUAUCAGUACCCAUUUGAAACGACCGUUUUCCCCAAAACAAUGAUCAAAGUGACAGACAGACAAAGGCGGGGGAGCCCGAUGUCAUCACAAGAGGACGUUUCAGGUCUCAGAGCCUCGUUCUCCUCUUUACUGAGCAUGAAGAAGUUACCCAUCGACCAGUCUGAGUGGGAAAGUUACUUCGAUGAAAGCGGCCACAUUCGGAAAUCCCAAAAGUUUAUUUCAUCCCAAAUCCUGGAGAGGGGACUGGAACCGUCAGUGAGGUCAGAAGCUUGGAAGUUUCUCACCGGAUACUACUCGUGGCAAACCUCUUGUGAUGAGAGACUCACCAUUGAAAGCAUGAGAAGGAAAAGCUAUGAGUCCUUGUGCAGCAUGUGUGACAAAAUCCAACCCUUGCUGGAGACGGAACACCAGGAUUUCAUGAAAGUCCGCAACUUUAUUAAAUCCGAUGUGCAGAGACUUUACAUCAAAGACGCACAAGGCAACGCAAUGGUGGACAAGCGUCAGCUGGAAAAGAUCCUUUUGCUAAACUACGUGUGCAACGUGGAAGCUGAAUAUCAGCAGGGUUUCCAUGAGAUGCUGCUACUCUUCAGGCUGCUUGUGGAAAAGGAGCACGAGAUCUAUUGGCUGUUCCAGUUCUUCCUCCAGAAAACAGAGAACAGCUGCAUCGUGAACAUUGGGGUGGAGAAGAACCUGGCCAUGCUGAAACGCUUGAUUGCUUUGAUGGAUCCCAUCUUUGCGAAGCAUCUGGAAGAAAAAGGUCACGUGGUUCAGUUCCUGUUCCCAUGGUUCUGCCUCUUCUUCCAGCGAGUCUUCAAGUCCUUUGAUGAUGUCUGGAGACUUUGGGAGGUGUUUCUAACUGGAAUGCCGUGCAGGAACUUCCAGGUGAUCGUCGCCUACACGAUGCUGCAGAUGGUGAGAGACCAGAUCCUCCAAAAAGACAUGGGCGGAGAUGACAUCGUCAUGCUCUGCCAUAACCUCAUAGAUCUGGAUGCGAACGAGCUGAUCUCCAAAGCUUGUACUACCCAUGAGCUUCUCAUGAAAUAUCAAGAAAAGGGAAACAUGGUAGUAGUAUCCACAACCCGUUUCUCAUCCCCAGGGCCCUCCGGAGCUGCAGGAGUUCUUCAGUCAGCCGCAGUAAUAAAGAGGCCACGUUCUAAGCACAAAGACGUGAUCCAGAGUGUGACGUCCGCCAGGAAAACAACCAGGAGCCAAUUCUCGCUCUGGGUUCCCUUUUGUGUGGCUCAGUGCAGUCUGGAGCAGAGAGAGGGUUGCGUGACCCACCGGCCCAUUUCAGGGGGGAAGGGAGCUGCAAGAGGUCACCGCGAAGGGGUGAACGCCUCUCUCGCCCCCCUCUCUACCAACCCCUGUUCCUCGCCCCUUCGCUCCACCUUAACCGCUUCUCAUCAGAGGCGCUCGGCUACUUAA